AUGGUUCGAGAGAACGAAGAAGCGUUCCACACUGCUCUUUAUGAAGAUUUGCAUCGUUCACGGGUCGAAACCGUGCUCGGCGAGUUUAGCCCCAUCCUUCACGAAGUCGUCGAAACGUACAACCACAUCGACGAAUGGACAAAGGACAUCAAGCCUCCUACAACAGCAACGUACCAAGUAAUGCGACCACGUAUCAAACCGUCGCCCAAGGGCAUUGUCCUCAUCAUCGCACCCUUCAAUUACCCACUCAACCUCUCCCUCACGCCACUCAUUAGUGCAAUUGCCGCUGGCAACACGGUCGUCAUCAAGUUUUCAGAAAGUCUUCCGACAGUGUCACCCCUGGUGGAAGAGCUCAUUGCGAAAUAUCUAGAUCCAGAUGUCGUGAGGGUUGUUCAGGGAGCCGUCGACGAGGUCAACGAACUUCUCAAGCUGGAGUGGAAUCACAUCUUCUUCACUGGCAGUACCAAGGUCGGCAAGAUUAUUGCGACAGCUGCCGCCAAGUUUAUCACACCAGUCACUCUUGAGCUCGGAGGAAAGUGUCCUAUUAUCGUCGACCCUCGCAAAGCAGACUUCAAAGUCAUUGCCCGGCGCAUCCUUUGGGGUCGAACAAGCAACAGCGGCCAAGUUUGCGUAUGUCCAGACUACGUCCUAAUUCCUCGCACACACCAGAGGCAACUCGUCGAUGCGCUCAAGGAGGUUUACGUCGAGUUCUACCCAGGUGGACCACAGACAUCCGACUCAUUCGGUCGCUUGGUAAACUCGGGCUCGGUGAAGCGUAUUACCGGUUACCUCGAGGGCUCCAAAGGUGACGUCGUUUUGGGUGGGUUGACCAAUGCGAGCAAGGACGGUGAUCCCAAGUAUUUGCCACCUACUGUAGUAGCAAACGUAUUAGGAGACGACGCGACGAUGCAAGAGGAAAUGUUUGGGCCGGUCAUUAGCAUCGUUCCUAUCGAUAGUCUAGACGACGCUAUCAAGUUUAUUAACGACAGGCCUCAGCCACUUGCACUCUAUGUCUUCUCGCACGACUCCGAGUUCAAGAAAAAGGUUACAAGAAGCACACGCUCCGGUGCUAUUGAUUUCAACGACACCAUGACCCACGCAAUCGCUGCUGGCCUGGCAUUCGGAGGCUCUGGCAAUUCUGGGUAUGGACAAUACCACGGCAAAUACGGAUUCGAUACUUUCACCCACUACCGAUCCAGUCUUGAGACGCCAACCUGGUAA